AUGGCCAUGAAAGUCCGCCGCAUUGAUUCAAAUGUUGAUAAACUAGCGUAUGUUUUGAACCAAAUGGGACAAGCUUCAGCUAAAGUUAUAGAAUUUUACUAUUAUACUUUUAAGGCUCAGAAAUUAAACCAUCCAGUCACUUCAUAUGAUAAAUUGAGGGUUAGCAACCAUACACUUUAUCUUCUUCGCGAUACUUCUGUCAAAAAUGUUAUAAUUGGAAUUCUCAAAGUCGGAAAAAAAGUUUUAUUUUUAUUUGAUAAUAAUGGUAUCUGUCAUGAGAAUGAACAAUUUUGUGUUCUUGACUUUUAUGUUCAUGAAUCCUUGCAGCGAAGAGGGCAUGGUAGAACACUAUUUGAGUUUAUGCUAAAGCAUCAAGGAGUAACUCCCAAAGAUUUGGCUAUCGAUUCACCGUCUUCUAACUUCUUGAGCUUUCUUAAAAAACAUUACCAACUGGAUGUAUUGAUAAAGCAAAAUAAUUUUGUCUUGUUUGGAUACUCUUUCUUUGCUCAUCCGAUGGUUAAAUUGUCAUUUUUUAGAUAA